UUGCUGGGGCUCUUCGGGGUGCCGCUCCUUUGUACCCCGUGAUCACUUCAGAUUUGCGUCCAUCUCCUCCUCAUGCGCCCGGGGGCUGGAGAAGGCCAGGCAGCAGCUGCAGGAGGAGCUCCGGCAGGUCAACGGUCAGCUGCUGGAGGAGAGGAAGAAGCGUGAGACACAUGAGGCGCUGGCCCGGAGGCUCCAGAAACGGGUCCUGCUGCUCACCAAGGAGCGGGACGGCAUGCGGGCCAUCCUGGGCUCCUAUGACAGUGAGCUGACCCCAGCCGAGUACUCGCCCCAGCUGACCCGGCGCAUGCGGGAGGCCGAGGACAUGGUGCAGAAGGUGCACAGCCACAGUGCCGAGAUGGAGGCUCAGCUGUCGCAGGCCCUGGAGGAGCUGGGAGGCCAGAAACAAAGAGCAGACAUGCUGGAGAUGGAGCUGAAGAUGCUAAAGUCUCAGUCCAGCUCUCCUGAGCAAAGCUUCCUGUUCUCCAGGGAGGAGGUGGACACGCUCAGGUUGAAGGUUGAGGAGCUGGAGGGUGAGCGGAGUCGGCUGGAGGAGGAAAAGAGGAUGCUGGAGGCACAGCUGGAGCGUCUCACGCUGCAGGGUGACUAUGACCAGAGCAAGACCAAAGUGCUGCACAUGAGCCUGAACCCUGCCAGUGUGGCCAGGCAGCGCCUGCGUGAAGACCACAACCAGCUGCAGGCGGAGUGCGAGCGGCUGCGAGGGCUGCUGCGCACCAUGGAGAGAGGCGGCACCGUCCCAGCUGACCUUGAGGCCGCUGCAGCAAGUCUGCCAUCGUCCAAGGAGGUGGCAGAGCUGAGGAAGCAGGUGGAGAGCGCCGAGCUGAAGAACCAGCGGCUCAAGGAGGUUUUUCAGACCAAGAUCCAGGAGUUUCGCAAGGCCUGCUACACGCUCACUGGCUACCAGAUCGACAUCACCACAGAGAACCAGUACCGGCUGACCUCGCUGUAUGCCGAGCACCAGGGUGACUGCCUCAUCUUCAAGGCCACCGGCCCCUCGGGCUCCAAGAUGCAGCUGCUGGAGACGGAGUUCUCUUGCACAGUGGGAGAGCUCAUCGAGGUGCACCUGCGGCGCCAGGACAGCAUCCCUGCCUUCCUCAGCUCUCUCACCCUCGAGCUCUUCAGCCGCCAGACCAUGGCCUAGCCCAAAGCCUCAGGGGCGCAGCCAGAGCCGCUCUGCUCGGCCUGACCUGCAGGUCCCCUGCCCUGCAGGCACAGAUGGGGUGUAGUCCUGCCUCUCCAGCCCAGCAGGCCAGCAGCAAGACUGACAGACACGCUGGGACUUGUCGGACAUCCUGCUGGGCAGCCACACCCUCCCCACAUGCAAACCCCAACAUCCCAGAGUCUGGUGGGCGGUGUCAGCCACCGGCCCUGGCUCCUCGCUUUGUAAAAUAAAGUCUUCUCCCCAGACAC